AUGACAGUCACUUCCCUUUUGUUCGCAGCGUCGUUGCUCACGCAUCGGGCUGCCGCAAAGCUUGUUCGUUCCCCAACACCUCCCAUGGGAUGGAACUCGUACAAUACCUGGAAUUGCCUCCCCGAUGAAGAGAAGAUCCACGAGAGUGCUCGAGGACUUGUAGAUCUUGGGUUUCAAAGUGUUGGCUAUAACUUUGUGACGGUUGACUGCGGCUGGAAUUCAAAAGACCGAGAUUCCAACGGUAGAUUGCAAUGGAACACGACGCUCUUCCCAUCUGGUGGCAAGGCUCUUGGUGACUUUCUCCAUGAUCUUGGACUAGAUUUCGGUCUCUACUCUGGAGCUGGCUACUUGCAGUGCGGAUCUGAAGCACUGCCUGCAAGUCUGGGCUUCGAACAAUUGGAUGCAGAAAGCUUUGCAGAAUGGGGUGGAGACAGCCUGAAGUACGACAAUUGCUAUUCUACAUCAAACACGACCAUGGUUGAUUCAAGCUCUGCCGAGGCCCAAUCGCCCGCUCGUUUCCAACACAUGGCAGCUGAGCUGGAUGCUAUCAACCGGGAUAUUCAAUACUACGUUUGCCAAUGGGGAAUUGGGACUAACGUUGGUGAAUGGGCUGCCGAUAUUGGAACUACUUGGAGAAUGAGCAACGACAUCUACAACGCCUGGCGUAGCAUCUGGCGAAUUACGAACCAGAUCGUGCCAUACUUUAGACAUACCACUACCGGUGCCUUUGCCGACAUGGAUAUGUUGAUCGUUGGCCUGAGGGCACUUUCCGAAGAAGAAGAGCGCUUUCACUUCGGCAUGUGGGCGAUCAACAAGUCGCCUCUGAUCAUGGGCGCAGCUCUUGAUCCGAAGCGCCUCAGCCAAUCCUCAAUAGACAUCAUGACGAACAAAGAGGUUAUUGCCAUUGAUCAGGAUCCGCUUGCUAAGCCAGCAAAAUUGAUCCAGCGUAACACCGAAAGUGAAUGGGAUAUCUGGUUGGGUGAGCUUUCAGGCUCAAGGCAAGUUCUGGGGGUUGCAAAUUGGAGAAAUGACUCUCAGACAGUCGAAGUAAAUCUGGCCUCACUUGGUAUUGCAUCAGCCAUUGCGCGCGACGUCUGGGCUGCGAAGGACCUGGGUGUUGUUUCUGGCUCCCAAACUCUCGAUCUUGCUGGUCACGAAUUACGCCUAUGGGUGCUAUCCGAUGUGGAGGCAGCUGCUCCGCUACGUUCUGGCGCAUACCAUUCAGCUGCCGACGCAUCUUUCUCUGGGCCUGCACAAGUAGUAUCAUGUGCAGAGGGCGCCUGCUUGCCAACAGGAUCAAAGGUCGGAUACAUCGAUCGCAGCGCUGGGGUGACCUUUUCCAAUGUCAGUGUUGCUUCCGCCGGCAAGAAACUCCUGAGUGUCGACUUCGUUAACUACGACUACGCGUUCACUACAGCAUGGGAUUGGGGUGACAACGCGCGAAAUAUGACAGUAGCUGUGAACGGUAAGAAGGCGAAGAGGUGGGCCUUCCCACUCUCCGGUGGAAACUGGGAAGAGAGUCUUGGUCUUAACAUUGAAGUUGACGGGUUCACUGAGGGUGGUGCAAACACAGUAGAGUUCAGAGGCUACGGAGACAGUUUGAACCGGGAUUUUUGUUGCCGUACCCUGCACAACGGAAACUGGUGGUGCCACUGCGGGUCAAAAGCCACCGACAAUCCGUCAUCUGUCAUCAACACCAAACUAGUACCGCAUACAUCGACGCCGCUCACAACAGGCUGGUCGGUAAAGCAAGGCGAUCGCUCCUCCACUAGCCCCUUUCUACCCGCGCACGAUGCUCCAACAGAGAUAUAUCGUGACCUUGUCAAGAACGGAAAAAUCAAGGAUCCAUUCAUUGACCUCAACGAGCUUUCAGUACGCUGGGUCGGAGACGAGACAUGGACAUAUUCUACCACAUUCGACGCACCUCAACAUUAUGGCAAAGCUGGUGUGACUUCCAAACUUCAAUUCGAAGGACUGGAUACAUUUGCCUCCGUCUAUCUGAAUGGCGUCUUGAUCCUCGAGUCAGAUAAUAUGUUUGAGAUGCAUUGGAUCGACACUACAGGGAAACUGAAAGACCGAGACAAUGCACUGGAAAUCAUCUUUCAUUCAGCGCGAAAGAGGGGUCUGGAACUUGUCAAGGAACAUAAAGAGCAUCGUUACAUUGUACACCAAACUGAGAUCUCGCGUGGCCCGGUUCGUAAAGCGCAGUAUCAUUGGGGAUGGGAUUGGGGCCCCAUACUGAUGACAUGUGGGAUUUGGAGACCGAUAUCGCUGCAGACGUGGACGAGUGAAUUGUCAAAUCUGGACAUCCACUACGAUCUAUCGCAUGAAUUGGAUUCUGCUACGAUCAAAGUAACCGUUGAUUGGGAAGGUCCCGUUGAUUCGUUGACUUUCACUGUUACGAAGAAAGGGAGCAGUGUUAUCGAAUGGAGCGGUACCAUAAGUCUUCGGUCUAGAGAUCGCUGUGAAACUGCGAGUGCAUCUGGUAUCAUGAAAAACAUCGAGCUCUGGUGGCCGCGAGGCUACGGUAACCAGAAUAUGUACACCAUCCAAGCGGAAGCUUACGCGCAGUCUGAUACGUCCGAAUCUCAGAGGCUUCACUCCACCUCGAAAGACUUUGGCUUUCGUCGCGCUGAGCUCAUCCAAGAGCCAGAUCAAGAUGGCCAAUCCUUCUACUUCCGCAUCAAUAACGUUGACGUAUUCUGUGGCGGUUCCUGCUGGAUACCCGCAGACUCCUUUUUGACGCGUGUCACGCCUUCCGAUUAUCACGCGUGGGUAAAGCUCGCGGCCGAUGGAAACCAAACAAUGAUUCGCAUAUGGGGCGGUGGCAUCUAUGAAGCCCAUGCACUGUACAAUGCAGCUGACGAGCUGGGUGUGCUGGUAUGGCAAGACUUCAUGUUUGCCUGUGCAAACUACCCAGCGCACACAGAAUAUUUGGAGAGUGUAGAAACUGAAGCCAGACAAAACGUUCAACAAGUACGAAGGCAUCCAAGCAUCAUCUGCUGGACAGGAAAUAACGAAGACUACCAAAUCGUAGAGCGCUACGGACUCGAGUACGAUCCCGACAACAGAGACCCCGAGUCCUGGCUCAGAACAAACUUCCCAGCACGCUAUAUCUACGAGUAUCUCCUCCCAAAAAUAGUAUCCCAAGAAUCCCCAAGCACACCCUACCACCCCAGUUCCCCCUUCGGCAAUGGCCGCUCCACCGUCCUAAAGGUUGAUCCCACGAUCGGCGACAUCCACCAAUGGAACGUCUGGCACGGCACAAUGGAACCAUACCAACGCCUCCCCGAGCUAGGCGGCCGUUUCGUCUCCGAAUUCGGCAUGGAAGCCUAUCCGCAUAUAUCUACAAUCGAGAAAUGGGUUACGCGGCCAGAAGACCGCUACCCGGGCUCCAUAGCCAUGGACUUCCGCAACAAGGCGAUUGGACACGAGCGACGCUUGAUAAGCUAUGUGGCCGAGAACUUUCGCGUCAGAUAUGAUCUGAAGGGAUUCGCGCAUCUAACGCAGGUCAUGCAGGCGGAUGCUAUGUCGUGGGCGUACAAGUCCUGGCGUCGUGAUUGGGGAUCGUGCGGUAGUCGCAAGUGUGGAGGUGUGCUGGUUUGGCAGCUUAACGAUUGCUGGCCGACCAUGUCGUGGGCUGUGAUCGACUACGAGCGUGUGCCUAAACCGGCAUAUUAUGCUAUCAAGCGCGCUAUGCAGCCUCUUGCUAUUGGUGUGCAGCGCAAAGUCAAGAGUUGGACUAUGCGGCCUGCUGAUGAGGUAUGGCAGCGAGAUACGGGACAUGUUGAUAUGAGCAAGUUGUGGCGGGAUGUCGAGUAUGAUGUCUGGGUUGCUAAUGGGACGGUGAAAGAGGCGGAGGGGAGUGUGAGAAUUAGGUAUGUAUCGAUCAAGACGGGGGCGAAGAUAGGACAGGAAUUGAAGCGAGAUGUUCGCAUCGCUGCCAACGGGACUACCGAAAUUAUCAAUAUCCAUAUGGUGCAUGUGGACAUUUCGAAGCACCCGGAUGAUUUCGAUUUCACGGCAACUGACCCUUUCGUUAUUGAGGCGACGCUACACAUAGACGGCCAAUAUGUUGCAACGGACGUUUCUUGGCCGGAGCCGAUCAAAUAUCUCUCCUUUGAAGAUCGAGGGAUCAAGGUAGAGUAUAAUGAGGAUUUGAGUGUGGCUUUUGUAUCGGCUUCAAAGCCAGUAAAGGGCUUUGUGUUUAGCGAGAGAAAAGGCGUACGAUUAAGCGACAAUGGCUUUGAUGUCAUCCCGGGAGAGACACACGAAGUGCAAGUAGACGGCAUCGCGGCUAAUGAGCUGGAAUGGAGUUAUGUUGAGAUAUGA